ACGCCGGGGCGGGGCCGAGAGUUUGGAGCCCCGGAGUGGGGUGUCGGCGCCUCAUUCGGGUGGAGCUGAGCCGGAGACAGGUCACAAGACACCCACUUCAGGAGUCCUGCCUCACACCCACAGGAAGGAAUCCUGCACAGAGAGGCCAAGAAGAAUCUGAACAAACAGGCCUGGCUGGGUUUCCCCACUCGGUCUGUUGGUAUUAGAUCAUACCCUUUUUGUCUGAUCACCUGUCUACAUGGUUAUCUAUGCUUCAGUCAUGCAUAUCCAAUGAAGUCUCCAUAAAAGGCCCAAGAGGAUGGGGCAGUUGUGAAAAACUUCAGGACAAAAAUGUUUCAUUUAAGGACUUGUGCUGCUAAGUUGAGGCCAUUGACGGCUUCCCAGACUGUUAAGACAUUUUCACAAAACAGACCAGCAGCAGCUAGGACAUUUCAACAGAUUCGGUGCUAUUCUGCACCCGUUGCUGCUGAGCCCUUUCUCAGUGGGACUAGUUCGAACUAUGUGGAGGAGAUGUACUGUGCUUGGCUGGAAAACCCCAAAAGUGUACAUAAGUCAUGGGACAUUUUUUUUCGCAACACGAAUGCCGGAGCCCCACCGGGCACUGCGUACCAGAGUCCCCUUCCCCUGAGCCGAGGCUCCCUGGCUGCUGUGGCCCAUGCACAGUCCCUGGUGGAAGCACAGCCCAACGUGGACAAGCUCGUGGAGGACCACCUGGCAGUGCAGUCGCUCAUCAGGGCAUAUCAGGUCAGGGGUCACCACAUUGCAAAACUUGAUCCUCUCGGAAUUAGUUGUGUAAAUUUUGAUGAUGCUCCAGUAACUGUUUCUUCAAACGUGGGGUUCUAUGGCCUGGACGAGUCUGACCUCGACAAGGUCUUCCACUUGCCCACCACCACUUUCAUCGGGGGACAGGAAUCAGCACUUCCUCUGCGGGAGAUCAUCCGUCGGCUGGAGAUGGCCUACUGCCAGCAUAUUGGGGUGGAGUUCAUGUUCAUCAAUGACCUGGAGCAGUGCCAGUGGAUCCGGCAGAAGUUUGAGACCCCCGGGAUCAUGCAGUUCACAAAUGAGGAGAAGCGGACCCUGCUGGCCAGGCUUGUGCGGUCCACCAGGUUUGAGGAGUUCCUACAGCGGAAGUGGUCUUCUGAGAAGCGCUUUGGUCUAGAAGGCUGCGAGGUACUGAUCCCUGCCCUCAAGACCAUCAUCGACAAGUCGAGUGAGAAUGGCGUGGACUACGUGAUCAUGGGCAUGCCACACAGAGGGCGGCUGAAUGUGCUUGCAAAUGUCAUCAGGAAGGAGCUGGAACAGAUCUUCUGUCAAUUCGAUUCAAAGCUGGAGGCGGCUGAUGAGGGCUCCGGAGAUGUGAAGUACCACCUGGGCAUGUACCACCGCAGGAUCAAUCGUGUCACCGACAGGAACAUUACCCUGUCCCUGGUGGCCAACCCUUCCCACCUUGAGGCCGCUGACCCCGUGGUGAUGGGCAAGACCAAAGCUGAACAGUUCUACUGUGGUGACACUGAAGGGAAAAAGGUCAUGUCCAUCCUGUUGCAUGGGGACGCUGCAUUUGCUGGCCAGGGCAUUGUGUACGAGACCUUCCACCUCAGCGACCUGCCAUCCUACACAACUCAUGGCACCGUGCACGUGGUCGUCAACAACCAGAUCGGCUUCACCACCGACCCUCGGAUGGCCCGCUCCUCCCCCUACCCCACCGACGUGGCCCGAGUGGUGAAUGCUCCCAUUUUCCACGUGAACUCAGAUGACCCCGAGGCUGUCAUGUACGUGUGCAAAGUGGCGGCCGAGUGGAGGAGCACCUUCCACAAGGACGUGGUCGUCGAUUUGGUGUGUUACCGGCGCAACGGCCACAACGAGAUGGAUGAGCCCAUGUUCACGCAGCCGCUCAUGUACAAGCAGAUCCGCAAGCAGAAGCCUGUGUUACAGAAGUACGCCGAGCUGCUGGUGUCGCAGGGUGUGGUCAACCAGCCUGAGUAUGAGGAGGAAAUUUCCAAGUAUGAUAAGAUCUGUGAGGAAGCUUUUGCCAGAUCUAAAGAUGAGAAGAUCUUGCACAUUAAGCACUGGCUGGACUCUCCCUGGCCUGGCUUCUUCACCCUGGACGGGCAGCCCAGGAGCAUGUCCUGCCCCUCCACGGGUCUGACGGAGGAUAUUCUGACACACAUCGGGAAUGUGGCUAGUUCUGUGCCUGUGGAAAACUUUACUAUUCAUGGAGGGCUGAGCCGGAUCUUGAAGACUCGUGGGGAAAUGGUGAAGAACCGGACUGUGGACUGGGCUCUGGCGGAGUACAUGGCGUUUGGCUCACUCCUGAAGGAGGGCAUCCACAUCCGGCUGAGCGGCCAGGACGUGGAGCGGGGCACAUUCAGCCACCGCCACCAUGUGCUCCACGACCAGAACGUGGACAAGAGAACCUGCAUCCCCAUGAACCAUCUCUGGCCCAAUCAGGCCCCCUAUACUGUGUGCAACAGCUCACUGUCUGAGUACGGCGUGCUGGGCUUUGAGCUGGGCUUCGCCAUGGCCAGUCCUAAUGCCCUGGUCCUCUGGGAAGCCCAAUUUGGUGACUUCCAUAACACGGCCCAGUGCAUCAUCGACCAGUUCAUCUGCCCGGGACAAGCCAAGUGGGUGCGGCAGAAUGGCAUCGUGUUGCUGCUGCCCCAUGGCAUGGAGGGCAUGGGUCCAGAACAUUCUUCCGCCCGCCCAGAGCGGUUCCUGCAGAUGUGCAACGAUGACCCAGACGUCCUGCCAGACCUUAAAGAAGCCAACUUCAACAUCAAUCAGCUGUAUGACUGCAAUUGGGUUGUUGUCAACUGCUCCACCCCUGGCAACUUCUUCCACGUGCUACGACGCCAGAUCCUGCUGCCCUUCCGGAAGCCGUUAAUUAUCUUCACCCCCAAAUCCCUGUUGCGCCACCCCGAGGCCAGAUCCAGCUUUGAUGAGAUGCUUCCAGGAACACACUUCCAGCGGGUGAUCCCAGAAGAUGGCCCUGCAGCUCAGAACCCAGAGAAUGUCAAAAGGCUUCUCUUCUGCACUGGCAAAGUGUAUUAUGACCUCACCCGGGAGCGCAAAGCACGCGACAUGGUGGGGCAGGUGGCCAUCACAAGGAUUGAGCAGCUGUCGCCAUUCCCCUUUGACCUCCUGCUGAAGGAGGUGCAGAAGUACCCCAGUGCUGAGCUGGCCUGGUGCCAGGAGGAGCACAAGAACCAAGGCUACUAUGACUACGUGAAGCCAAGACUUCGGACCACCAUCAGCCGUGCCAAGCCCGUCUGGUAUGCCGGCCGGGACCCAGCGGCUGCUCCAGCCACCGGCAACAAGAAGACCCACCUGACGGAGCUGCAGCGCCUCCUGGACACGGCCUUCGACCUGGACGUCUUCAAGAACUUCUCGUAGAUGCUGCCUAGGGUUGCUUGGGCCACUGCUCUCUCCACACCCAUGACUGCCCCUUGCUUCUCGACUAAAGAAUAGUGCCUCAGCACUGCCCACACCGCCGCCCUCCUCGCUGUGCCACCACCCCUCCCUCUGCUCUCGUAGGAGUUAGGCUGUCGUCCCCCUCCAGUGCUUGGCUGUCCCACAGGCCACACGCUGCCCAGGCUCUGCUGACUUCUGAGCAGUUUUCCAGGAGGCCCCGGGGAAGCAGGAGGAAAGGUAGCCCCCGAGGGAUGUCCUUGGGGAGGGGUCAGCUCUGGCCACAGCCCUCCCCACCAGUCUCACCCACUAGGGUAGGGACUGGGCCUUGUGUGGCUUCCUAGUGUGCUGGCAACCCCUGUCACCCAGCAACACACAGGCUCCUGUAUUUGAGACUAGGAUAGCUUCAUCUUGAGCCUGAGCCUUAGAAUCUGUAGAGGAGCCUGGAGUCGGAUCUAGCCAUGGCUGGCAGAGGUUUCUAGGGUGGGCCCCAGCUGUGGCAUGAACUGAGGAUGACCCGGGGCAGCUGGCAGGAGAGAGCCUUGGCCUGACCUGGCACAGAAAGGGCAGCUUCGGUCUCUGCAGUGUCCAUUAUCUGCUGUUCCUUCGAGGGUUCCAGGCUGUGUGUAGGGCCCAAGCAUGCCCCACCCACCCUGCCUGGGCCCAGUCAGCACCUGGAGCCCACAGAGUCUGUGUGUAGCCAGGAAGCCCCGCUCAGGUCGCCACCGCCGGGGCACUGGCUGCUCUGUCUUGGUCCUGUUAACCCUCCACCUCCACCCACCUCCUCCCUUGGCCUCCCUCCCCACCCUAACCACUCUUUCUUUCUCCUUUAACCCAGUGGAGACUUUCUGAUGCAUCAUUUUCUUUGCUGUGCCAAAGCAGGUCAGAAGAGGGAGAGGAGGGGCUGGGGGUAAGGGGCCAGGCCAUGGCCAAGGGGCCAGCUGCCCCUCAUUUAUCACUCUGACCUUCACAGGGACAGAUCUGAUUUAUUUAUUUUGGUUAAAAAAAAAAAAAAAAAAAAGGAACAGAAACAACUUCGCAUUGCAUCGGCUUGACCCAUAAACUAAGUUAUAUCCGUG